AUGCUGAUCUCCUUGGCAGCGCUGGGGUCCACUUCACUUGCAGAAACAGACCAGAAACUGCUUGGACCAUCUUUCACGCCGCCAACCAACGUCCUUUCAAGCAAUCUGGUUCAGGAAGCAGUGUUGAAAGUUACAAACGCGCUCAACAACGCGAUCCAUACUGGGAAAAGUACUUUUGGCACCUUCAAUAGCAGCACAACUUCCUUUUCCUUGACUGCCAUUUCACAGCUGGACUCUACGCCAAUAAUCGACUUCCAUCACACUUCCGGCUCGUUAAACAUUUCUGCUGGGAGUGCCUCGAGAAUCACAAGCGAUACGGUCUAUCGAAUUGGUAGCGUGUCAAAACUCUUCACCGUUUACGCUCUCCUUCUAAACAAUGGAACCAGUCACUGGAACCGUCCCGUUACGGAUUUUAUUCCAGAGCUGAAACAUGCUGCUCAACAUCAUGCACAUGAUUCUUCGGCUCUCGACUGGGUUCAAUGGGACCAAGUCACGAUUGGUGCUCUCGCAUCACAGCUUUCAGGAAUGGGGAGAGAUUACGCCUCAGGCGAUCUAGCUGUUCAAAACUUUCCUUGGACAGAGCUUGGGCUCCCCAACCUUCCCCCUCAAGAUAUACCGUCGUGUGGCAUCAAUGAUAAUCAAGUGCCUUGCCCUAGAAAUAAAUAUUUUUCUGGCCUUAUCCAGAGGCAUCCCGUUUUCCCGCCCUAUGGCACGGCUCUGUACUCCAACGCAGCUUUUAGGAUCCUCGCGUACGUUAUAGAAGCUAUUACCGGAAAGUCAUAUGAAGAAGUGCUUAAGGAAGAUGUGUUUGAACCAUUGGGGUUGAAACAUUCAAGCUCGCUACCACCAGUUAGCAGCGGGGCAGGUGUAAUCCCCGAUGGAGAUGCAGGAUGGAGCCGCCUGUACGGCGAUGAGGUUGCUACAGGGGGUUUACUUUCUUCAACAAAAGAUUUAGUCGAAUUCGGACGAGCCAUCUUUGGCAAUAAGCAAUUAUCUUCCAUGGAGACUUUGCGCUGGAUGAAGCCCGGCUCACUCACGUCUUCGACAACUUUCUUCGUAGGCGCGCCCUGGGAGAUUGUGCGAACCCGCAGUGGCAUCAAGUCUGGCAGCCUCGUCGAUCUCUAUACCAAGUCUGGCAGCGUUGGAGCUUAUAACUCUCUGCUUGUUCUCAUACCCGAUUACCAGGUCACGUUAGCUGUCUUAGCCGCUGGCCCCGACGCCCCUACAGCAUUGAAUAUUGUCACCGAGACCGCUAUUCAAACACUUGUUCCAGCACUAGAAAAGACUGCCAAAGCUGAAUCAUGCAGCAAGUUGUGUGGAGAGUACGCCCCAGCUGGUGCUUCGCGGGAUUCUUCCCUUGUCAUUUCCACCGACGACGGGCCUGGCCUUUUGCUGAAAGAGUGGACUCACCAGGGUCAUGACCUGAUCGCCGCUGGACAAGCUUACUCGAACGCUACACGCGGUGGCGAAAUCAAAUCCUUGAGACUAUUUCCUACGGAAUUGCGAAGCGGAAAUCAGGCUGCGUACCGGGCGAUAGUUGAUGCCACUCCAUACCAAUAUGAACCAUCAGUUCAUUUUGUCUUUGAUCAACAAGCCAAUAUUUGGGGAACGCCGGAUCAGCUAAUGUACGGUGGGAUUGCCAUAGACGAUUUUGUGUUUCAUUUGGAUAGCAUGGGGGUUUCAGCCGCAGUCGAGCCGCGUGUGUUGAGAGAUGUUUAUCAGAGGCUGUAGCAAUCUCUCCAGAGCCUGAUGUAUAGCAAUGCUCAGAAACGAAGAAUGUGCAGUACAUCCUGGUUGGCCCCCGAUACCCCUGCUCCUCCCAGUUGAUGCCGACAGCAUAGAUGUGCAUGCUUGCAAGAAGCGAUGGCAGAUGAUAGUUCAAAUAUUGUUUCUUAG